CGAGCCGAGUGAGUGAUCAUCUUGUUUCUUUCUCACUUACCUUUACUCUUUGUAUUUUCCCCUUUGGGUUAGUAAUGGGCAAGUUUUCUUUUCCUUCAUGGUGCUUCUCAUCUUCUUUACUCCCUCAGGGAGAAACCAUUGCUGGGCCUUCUACCUUUCCACCAUCUUCUCAACAACCAGCAAAUGCUGGGCCUCCAUUAUCUUCUCAACCUUCUCAACAACCAGCCAAAGAUGGACCUUCUACUACCACUGCAAAGGAUUUGGAGAGUUUUCUGCAUACAGUCAAUGAAGUAAGCCAGCUUCACGAUUUGCUUAAGUUCAUCGAAGAUCUAUUGAAGAUCGAGUCUGGAGAGAAGUGUGAGCAAAGAUCUAGUUCAGAAGUAAGUUCUUAUAUCCAGGAUGGCCAAACACUCUUGGAGUUUGCAGAUAAACACAUUGGCAAACUUCCUCCAAAGAAAGAUUCCAUAGAUGGCUUGAGUGCAGAGAUACAGAAAAUUCUCAUAGAUUUGCUGAAAGGCGCUGGGAAAAUUCACUGGGUGGGGGCAGCACUUUCUGUGGUGGGAUUUGUCUUGGCGAGAUAUGGUGAGAUGUCUAAUAACCAAAAAGAGUGUCUUGAAAUUUUGAAAGUUGGAAUCGACAGUGCACGAGAAGAAGUAAUCCGACUUCUAGAUUUGAGUGCACAACAUACAUCACCGCAAGCUGUGACUAUCCAUGGUUUCGGAGGAAUCGGCAAAACAACUCAGGCUGAUGAUGUUUAUAAACAUAUUGACCUCCAAAGUUAUAAGCAUUGCAGAAUUCACAUUGCUCAACACUGUACCAAGAAUGAUCUCAGAGCCCUCCAAGAACAGAUUUUGAAUGGAUUGUUCAACCAGAACAUCAAAUUGAGACACUGUGACGAAGGUCGAGGAUUUAUCUGGUUGUACUUAAUGAAAAUCAUCUGAACUGUAUGAGUAAUUCGUUAAGAAUACCAUAUUAUGAUGAAGCAUUGCAAGUAACAUUCAGGGGGAAAUGUCAUAAACCAUUUAAACAACUCAGAUACCUCAGUCUUCCGAGUGACAUUCCUGAUUUACCAAUGGAGUUUGAGAAACUAGAGGAUCUUCUCUACUACUAUGGCCCAUUGACGCAAGGCAAGAAAUUUCUCAUUUCAAUUAGCUUUGAUUACAUUUUAGAAUGAUACUUAGAUAUCCUUUUUCAUAAUUGCUGUGCAAAUAUGUAGCUUCCUCCAAGUUUGCGCUACAUGGGAAUUACAAAUAUAAUUUCUUCUGAGAAUGGAGUUGCAAAUUCUAAAAUUCCUUCCAAGGACACUCCACCUUAGUCACUUGUAGAAUUGGAAUUUUUCAAAAUUGAAAGGUUACCAGAUGGAGUGGAAAAGCUAAUAAAGUUAAAGGAAUAGGGGUACACAACUGUCCUAAGUUGAGGGAACUUCCUUCCAAAAUUGGGGAACUCAACAAUUUGUUAAAAAAAGUUUUGACCAAGUGCCCUGACUUGGAACAAUGGCCAUCAAGUUUUGGAGAUCUCUCAAAGUUGAAAACAUUAUCUAUGAGAGACUGUUCUUUAAAAUUAAUAGAAUCAUUGCCCCACAUUAUUAUAGAAAAUUGUAAGAUAAAGUCUUAAUAAAUGAUUUUUCAAUAA